UGGCACGGAAAGGCCAUGCGGAGAGAUUCCGAGGCCGGAGCCACUGCCUCCGAGGCUUCCGCGCGGAGUGCCAGGGGCGCCCCGACGGAUCCCAACGAGUCUCCGGCUGCCCCCGAGGCCGCCCUGCCUAAGGCGGGAAAGUUCGGCCCCGCCAGGAAGUCGGGAUCCCGGCAGAAAAAGAGCGCCCCGGACACCCAGGAGAGGCCGCCCGUCCGCGCAACUGGGGCUCGCGCCAAAAAGGCCCCUCAGCGCGCCCAGGACGCGCAGCCCUCUGACGCCACCAGCGCCCCUGGGGCAGAGGGGCUGGAGCCUCCUGCGGCUCGGGAGCCGGCUCUUUCCAGGGCUGGUUCUCGCCACCAGAGAGGCGCGCGCUGCUCUCCGAAGCCAAGACCCCCGCCCGGGCCCGGGGACGUGCCCAGCCCCGGCCUGCCGGUCUCGGACCCCAUUCUCGUACAGGGAGAUGCGGCGCCUGGGGCCAGGAAGCUCCGGGCGGUUUUGGAGAAGUUGAAGCUCAGCCGCCAGGAAAUCUCCGAGGCGGCGGAGGUGGUGAACGGGGUUGUGGACCACCUGCUGCGCAGACUGCAGAAGUGCGACUCCGAGUUCAGAGGCGUCGGGCUGCUGCGCACCGGGAGCUACUAUGAGCACGUGAAGAUUUCUGCACCUAAUGAAUUUGACGUCAUGUUUAAACUGGAAGUCCCCAGAAUUCAACUAGAAGAAUAUUCCAACACUGGUGCAUAUUACUUUGUGAAAUUUAAAAGAAAUCCGAAAGAAAAUCCUCUGAGUCAGUUUUUAGAAGGUGAAAUAUUAUCAGCUUCUAAGAUGCUGUCAAAAUUUAGGAAAAUCAUUAAGGAAGAAAUUAACAACAUUAAAGAUACAGAUGUCAUCAUGAAGAGGAAAAGAGGAGGGAGCCCUGCUGUAACACUUCUUAUUAGUGAAAAAAUAUCUGUGGAUAUAACCCUGGCUUUGGAAUCAAACAGUAAUAGCUGGCCUGCUAGCACCCAAGAAGGCCUGCCCAUUAAAGACUGGCUUUCAGGAAAAGUUAGGAGGCAACUAAGACUAAAGCCAUUUUACCUUGUACCCAAGCAUGCAAAGGAAGGAAAUGGUUUCCAAGAAGAAACAUGGCGGCUAUCCUUCUCUCACAUCGAAAAGGAAAUUUUGAACAAUCAUGGAAAAACUAAAACGUGCUGUGAAAACAAAAAUGUGAAAUGUUGCAGGAAAGAUUGUUUAAAACUAAUGAAAUACCUUUUAGAACAGCUGAAAGAAAGGUUUAAAGACAAAAAACAUCUGGAUAAAUUCUCUUCUUAUCAUGUGAAAACUGCCUUCUUCCAUGUAUGUACCGAGAACCCUCAAGACAGUCAGUGGGACCCCAAAAACCUGGGCUUCUGCUUUGAUAAAUGCGUGAUAUACUUUCUUAAGUGCCUCAGGACAGAACAACUUGGGAAUUAUUUUAUUCCUGGAUUCAAUCUAUUCUCUAGCAACUUAAUUGACAAAAGAAGUAAAGAAUUUCUGUCAAAGCAAAUUGAAUAUGAAAGAAACAAUGAGUAUCCAGUUUUUGGUUAAUUUUGACAUUGUAUUUUUAGAAAGAUCUAAGAACUAGAGUCACCCUAAAUCCUGGAGAAUACAAGAAAAAUUUAAAAAGAGGCCAGGCGCUGUGGCUCACA